GCCAUUUUGGCGUGUACUCCACUCGGACUCACGUGCAUUUUUAUUUUAUUUUUUGUUUUUACAAUGAAAGCUGCUCAACAAGCUGCAAGGGCCAUUAAUCCCGAAAGAUUUCCAUUGUAUUUGUACAAAAGCAUUCUUAGACUUCAUUAUGGAUUGCCGGCUCAAGCUCGGCUCAUGGGCGAUACAUAUGUGAAAGAUGAAUUCAAAAGACACAAAACGGCAAAACCGGAGUUUGUGAAGCCAUUCAUCACAGAGUGGACGAAUUAUUGUGUGAUGCUGUCCAAACAAUUAUCGAGCGCUGGAAUUCGAAAAGGAAACAUUGGAAAAGAUUUAGACUCGGAUAAAAUGGAGCAACUCAGCAAUGAGCACAUUCAACAAUUGGUAGAAUUGAGGGUAGAAGCCGAUAAGCACAUGGGACGAGACGAUUUUCUUCAAAAUCUUCAAAAUGUCACGGAAAGUCGAGAAAAGCCAAUAUAGAAGAUCCUUGCCGAUUUCUUUAAAGAACUGGUGUAGAAAUUGUUGUUAGUUGCAAAGUUUAUAUAAACAUUUCAUUCAAA